UAUCUCUCCAGUUUUUCCUCUGGUAAGUAAAGUCUCCUCCUUUUCUGCUUCUUCUUUAAUUCAUACACGCAUUUGUUUCCGGGGUUUUUUUUUUUCUUUUGAAAAAAAAAAAAAUUUGCAGCUUUCUUUUAUUUUGUUGAUGGGUUUUUUCAAUUUGUGAGUCUUCUCAUCUUUUUGUCCUUUUUUGCUGGGGAUGUUUAAUUUAUGCUUUUAAUUGUUUGAUCUGUACUGAUCUCGGUUCUUGAAGGGUUUGAGAUUUUAGCACACAUUUGUGUUGAUCUUCUGUUGGAAUAAUGGGUGUGGAAGUUGCAGAACCAAAGUUGGCACAUGUUCCUGGGGAAACAGCCGGUCAAGACAGCGGCCUGUUGAAUGAAAAUGGGAAAAUAAACGAAGUUGUUGGGCAUAUUGAGCCCAUAAAGUUUGGGUCUCAUGGGAGUGACGAAGUUGCAAAAGGUGAAACGAAUAAAGCAGCUGAGGUCAGCUUCCCAAAGGAUGCAGUUGAUGAGUGGCCUGCCCCUCAGCAGAUACAUACUUUCUAUUUUGUCAAGUAUAGAUCAUAUGAAGAUCAAAAGCUUAAAAUAAAGUUGGAUCAGGUUGAUAGUGACCUGACAAAAAAGACACAAGCUCGGUCGCAACUCAUUGAGAAAUUGAGAAAUUUAAAGGCCGACCGAGCACAAAAGAUUUCUUUGUUAAAGGCUUUAAAUGAAGAGAAUAAGCAGUAUAGGUCAUUGAUAGAUGAGAAGAAAAAGGAAAGAGAACCCCUGCAACAGGCUUUGGGCCAGUUACAUGGCGGAAAAGAGAGGGGAUCUGGUAUAUGUUCAUCCGUGGAAGAGCUCGAUUAUCGUAUUAAAAGUUUGCAAUAUCGCAUGCAACAUGAAAGUAUUCCUUUGACCGAGGAAAAACAAAUUCUUAGGGAAAUUAAGCAGCUUGAAGGAACAAGGGAGAAGGUGGUAGCUAAUGCUGCUAUGAGAGCAAAGAUUCAGGAGUCAAUGGGUGAAAAAGAAGCCCUAGAAGAUCAGAUGAAACUCAUCAGAGUUGAUAUGGAUGGAGUUCGGAAGGAUCAACAAGUUGUAUUUGCUAAGCGUAAGCAAUUGGAAGAAGAGAAGGAUAUUAUUGAGAAGGCGAUCAAGUCGCUAGAGGAGGAAUUGACCACUCUUACUCAGAAAAGGGACCAAACUUAUGAAAGUAUCAAACAAUUGAGAAAACAACGUGAAGAAGGGAACUCCGCUUUUCACCUAAAUCGAUCCCUGCUGAACCAAGCCAGAGUUCUUGCAGAGAAGAAGGAUGUUGAAGCCCUGAAGGAACUUUCAGAUACAGAGAUUGAUAAAUUUAUCUCCCAGUGGAAUAGUAGUAAGGCUUUUAGGGAAGACUAUGAGAAGAGGAUUUUAUCUUCUCUUGACAAUCGACAGCUGAGUAGGGAUGGACGAAUGAGGAACUACAAUGAGAAGCCUAUAUUGGUGGUUGAGAAAGCGUCCCCACCUGAAACCGAGGCUGUAUCAAGAGUGUCUGCGAAACAGGCACCAAAAGAAGACUCCAGUUCUUUAAAACCUGAAGCUGCAGCUCCUGUCCAGAAAGAGAAGAAAGAGAAGCAGAAAGAAUCAAACAAAAUCAAGGGAAAUAGCUCAAAGGCAGCUGAUGUAGUAGAUGAAGAGGAUUUCUAUGUGCCUGAGAAGGUGACAACAGAUCCUCCAAAGGUGAUUGAAGUUGAUGAGAAGAAAUUGAAGGAGAUGAGAAGGGCAGAGGAGAUUGAGAAGGCGAAGCUUGCCAUGGAGAGGAAGAAGAAGUUGUCAGAGAAAGCAGCUCAAAAAGCUGCUAUCAAAGCCCAGAAGGAAGCUGAGAAGAAACUCAAGGAUCGUGAAAAGAGAGCAAAGAAGAAAGCUGGCUUAUCGGGUGAUGCUCCAGAGGCUGAGGAACAAACUGAAGCUGUUACUGCUGAUGCUGGUGAUGAGUUAGCUGAAGCAGAGAAGGCGGAAGAAAGAGUUGAAACUCCGGCGCCAUCAAAGAACAAAGAAAGGAAGGAUAAUCCAGUGAGACGUAAAGUUGUUAGGUCCAGGGGUUCAGAUGCCCUUCCAAGAGCUAUACUCAAGCGCAAAAAGGCAGCAACCAACUACUGGAUGUGGGCUGCUCCUGCUGCUUUGGUGUUGGUGCUGCUAAUCUCAGUUGGCCAGGGCCGGUCAUCCAAGCCACAUACUGCAACAAACAAGUUGAGUGUAUCCACAACCGGGAUGUGGGCGGUUCCGGCGCGGUUAUUAUCCAACGGCGUGGCGGCUCUGCGAUGUGGGCUACAACCAAAUGUGAUCCAUGGUGCUGUUGGUAUCAGCCGUAGACCUCUUCUCCUCCCUUUUACCACUCCAUUCAAGUCACCAGCUUUGAGCAUAUGCCAUCUAGCGCAGGCCUCAAAGACUGACACAGAAGUUUUACUCAGAGGAGUUGGAGACAAGGACACAAUUGAAGAUGUCAAGCGCGUUCUUGAGUUGGCAACACGAGCUGCAACAAGACGUGAAAUUUUGCAUACUGGUUUUCUAACACCACCUGUACUGAAUGAGUCCAUGAAAGCAUUGCAAAAUCUAGCUGAAAUUAAAAUGGUUGCUCAAGGAGGUUAUCCUGAGGCUGAGAGAUGCCGACUCUCAGUUGGACAUCCCGAUGUUUUGACCACUGACCCCGAUAUUGUUGCAGCCUUAAGUAUUUCAGGGAACUUUGGAUUCCAGCCUUGCUCUCAUGGUGACUUCCUUGGUUCAAUACUUGGUUCAGGAAUUACUAGAGAUAAAGUGGGAGAUAUUAUUGUGCAGGGAGAGAGUGGAGCUCACGUUCUUGUUGUUCCUGAACUCGUUGACUAUCUCAUAUCAUCCUUAGACAAGGUCGGAAAUGUUUCAGUUACUUGCAAAAGGAUACCUUUGCUGGCAAUUGAAUACGAACCUCCAAGUACCAAGUCUUUUAUUUCUAUAGAAUCAUCAGUCAGACUUGAUUCAGUUGCUAGUGCUGGAUUCAAAAUUUCAAGGUCAAAAAUGGUUUCUUUAAUCAGCAAUGGAGAUGUUCGUGUGAAUUGGUCCACUGUCACAAAAAGUAGUAACAAUGUUAAGACCGGAGACAUUGUCUCAGUUAGUGGAAAAGGGAGAAUGAAGGUUGGAGACAUAAAGCCAACGAAGAAGGGUAAGUUUGCAGUUGAAAUCAUUCGAUACAAGUGA